ACUUUUCUCCUUGACUUUAUGAGCUGCUGACAGCCACCUGACUGGACACACUGUCAGUCAUAACCACAGACAACUAUAUAAGAACGGCUUUGUGGCACAACCCUGCAUCACCUAGUUGUACCACAAACUUCUCUGCACAGAGCGACAUAAGGGCAGGAUGAAGCUUCUGUUGGUUGCUGCUGCCGUUCUGGCUGUGGCCAGCUGUGCCAGUGUCUCCCUGGAAGACCUGGAGUUCCAUGCCUGGAAACUCAAGUUUGACAGGUCCUACAACUCUCCAUCAGAGGAGGCCCACCGCAGGGAAAUCUGGCUCAACAAUCGCAAACUGGUGCUGGUACACAACAUCAUGGCCGAUGAGGGCAUCAAAACUUACCGCCUUGGCAUGAACUCCUUUGGCGACAUGGAAAACGAGGAGUACAGACGCCUGAUUUCCCAGGGCUGCCUGGGCUCCUUCAACGCUUCUGCGCCGCGCAGUGGCUCUGCCUUCCUCCUCUUGCCACAAGCAGCUGAUCUGCCGACCGCCGUUGACUGGAGGGACAAGGGAUACGUCACUGACGUCAAGGAUCAGAAGGAGUGUGGCUCCUGCUGGGCCUUCAGUACAACCGGCUCGCUGGAGGGUCAGAACUUCAGGAAGACAGGGAAGCUGGUGUCCCUGAGCGAGCAGCAGCUGGUGGAUUGCUCUGGGGACUUUGGCAACAUGGGCUGUGGUGGAGGCCUGAUGGACAGCGCCUUCCAGUACAUAAAAGCCAACGGAGGUAUUGACACAGAGGACUCCUACCCUUAUGAGGCCGAGGACGGAAAGUGCCGUUACAACCCUGCCACCGUCGGCGCCAAAUGUUCAGGCUACGUUGAUAUAAAACAAGGUGACGAGGACGCCCUGCAGGAGGCUGUGGCCAGCAUAGGACCCGUGUCUGUGGCCAUCGAUGCCGCUCAUGAGUCCUUCCAGUUCUAUGAGUCAGGAGUGUAUAACGAGCCGGAAUGCAGCAGCUCCGAGUUGGACCACGGUGUACUGGCGGUGGGCUACGGCACUGAAGACGGUCACGACUACUGGCUGGUCAAGAACAGCUGGGGUUUACAGUGGGGCGACAGGGGAUUCAUCAAGAUGACCAGGAACAAACACAACCAGUGUGGCAUUGCUACUGCAUCCAGCUACCCGCUGGUCUGAGCAGGUCCACGACUUUCAUGGGCGACACAUCAAAUACUUUAAUUUGUUAUGGAACGUGAUGUUCUAUUGUUGUUGUUGGUCAGACUGAGAGUCUCUGUGCUUUCGUGCACUUGUAAUAGAAUAACUUCUUUUUUUUCCUGAAUGACGAUUGUAAAUAAUUGUAAAGAAAUAAAAUGUUUUACUUUCAGAGAUAAAAAAUAAAUAAACCUUUAUGUGCUUGUGA